CUUCUAGGUCCUCCCCCGUCUGAUAUUCCUCCAAUUUUGAAAAAUAAGGGUAAAAAUUUUGAUAAUCAUCAUUUGGCUUCAUUGGCUCCACCUCUUCCCGUUAAGUCCCUUCUAGGACCUCCCCCUUCUAAUGGUUCUCCAAUCUUGAAAAAUUAGGGUAGAAUUUCUGAAACUCCAAGGUCUUCUUCUCACUUGUUGUGCGUCAACUGUAAAGACUUUGGUCACAUUUCUUCUAAAUGUCCUAAUCGAACUCUAGUCAUGAAAGAACGAAAGAAUGUAAUAGAGGAGCCGUUGGAAGAUCUAGUCUAUGAACCUAAACUUGAAGAUUUUGAUGACUUGGAUAAUAGUGAGGACACUUCCUUAGGUGGAAUCCAGACUCUUCUCGAGACUUUGGAUACUAUAUCUCUUAUCUCCGACAAUUCUCGAUCACAUGUUAUAUGUCAUACCCUUAUUCAAGUUAAAGAGCUUGAUGAUGUCACCAGUCACCCUUGGAAAAUCCAGUCACUUGUGGUUAACACUAAGGCAAAAUUAUCCACCACUGACCAACCUUAAAUUGAUGGUCAAAACAAAAGUGCUAACCAAAAUCCUGACAAUUUAUUACAGUCUCUAGUCCAGAAAAAUCUUAGGAAUUUGGACUUGAUCCCUCCAAUUGUUCAAAUUGCAUAUAACGAUCCAGUGAACUGGUCUUUAGGUCUAAAACCCUUUGAAAUUAUUCUUGGUUGUGAACCUUUGAAACCUCUAGACCUUAUUCUCAUGCACCCACAUGCUUGUGUGUCUAUGUCAGUUGAGGUAGUUGUAUCACAUUUUCAUAGCUUGCAUAUUGAGAUCAAUAAACAAUUUGAAGCAAGUAAAGCAUUAUAUAAACCUCAAGUUGUUUGGCAUAAACAAUACUUUGAAUUUAAUAUUGGGGAUUAUGUUAUAUUGCAAGCGUGUAAUGCUGGUCUUUUUAAAAUUUCAAAGCAUGUUGGUCAAAAUACCUAUGUCAAUGACCUUUUAUCAUAUUAUGACCACCACCCUAUUUUAUUUGUUACGGACUUCGAUGCUUACAACGGCUAUUUUAGCCCUUCUGAUGACCCGUUUCUACUCCCACAUAAGAAUUCCUACACUGACUCUUUUGCCAUGUCUGCUUCAAUCUCACCUAUCACAGCACACAAAAAUAAAAUUGAUGUUAUUUUGGAUGAACAACUUGUGUUGACCAAUAAUAGAGAGAUUCAAAACUUUCUUGUUCGUUGGAUGGAUCGACUUGAUUCUGACGGCACAUGGAUUCCCAAAGAGAGACUUCAGCAGUCUCAUGUUUUUGCGGGUAAUUUGCAAUUGGCAUCGUCACCAUUUGUGGAAUUUCGAUAUUUGGUUCGUCAAAGAGAUCGUCCCCCAUGGCAUGACUUGGAGCUUUUAGCAUCAGAUUCAUUGCAACAUUUUGAUUUAUCCACUCGACGGGGUCGAGUUUUUCUCCCACCCCGGGAGAAUUGA